UCAACUUUGAUGUUAAUAAGUGGUAACAUGCCCGGGUUCGCUAUUAUAUACACUCUUGGUAAUGUCAUAUCACUUCUAAGUACUGGGUUCCUUGUUGGCUUCAAAAAACAAGCAAAGACAAUGUUUGCACCAGUUCGCUGGAUUGCUAGUACUGUUUUUAUCGCAUCAAUGGUAGCUACGUUGGUUGUGGCGUUCUUG